UUUCAGAGCCCGCCGUUUCCUGUGUCCUUCUCUCCGGCGCGGCGGCGUGACUGACGAACGAGGGUGAGGACUGGUUAUCCUCGGAGGCGGAUUCUGUUGCCAUGGCUCAGAGCCUGAAAGACUUUGCUGGCCGCCUGCCUACUGGCCCGCGUGGGAUGAGCACUGCUUUAAAGUUGCUGUUGGGUGCUGGAGCUGCAGCUUAUGGAAUCCGUGAGUCUGUCUUUACAGUGGAAGGUGGACAAAGAGCAAUAUUCUUCAACCGCAUUGGUGGAGUUCAGCAGGAUAUUGUGCUUUCAGAGGGACUUCAUUUCAGAAUUCCUUGGUUCCAGUAUCCAAUAAUUUAUGAUAUUCGAGCCCGGCCCCGCAAAAUUUCCUCACCAACAGGAUCCAAAGAUCUGCAGAUGGUGAAUAUCUCCUUGCGUGUUCUAUCAAGACCCAAUGCUGUAGAAUUGCCCAGCUUAUAUCAGCGACUUGGACUAGACUAUGAAGAACGGGUUCUUCCUUCCAUUGUCAAUGAAGUACUCAAAAGUGUGGUAGCAAAGUUUAAUGCGUCACAGCUCAUUACCCAACGAGCUCAGGUAUCUUUGCUUAUCCGACGGGAUCUGACAGAGCGAGCAAAGGAUUUUAGCCUUAUAUUGGAUGACGUAGCUAUCACAGAGCUGAGUUUUAGCCGAGAAUACACGGCAGCAGUUGAAGCCAAGCAAGUGGCCCAGCAAGAAGCUCAGCGAGCACAAUUCCUUGUGGAAAAAGCAAAGCAAGAACAAAGGCACAAGAUUGUUCAGGCUGAAGGUGAAGCCACAGCUGCUAAAAUGAUUGGAGAAGCCCUCAGCAAGAACCCAGGUUACAUCAAGCUGCGCAAGAUCCGUGCUGCCCAGAAUAUCUCCAAAACGAUUGCAGCAUCUCAAAACCGUGUGUAUCUUACAGCUGACAAUUUAGUGCUUAAUCUACAGGAUGAAGGCUUUACAAGAGGAAGCGACAGUCUUAUCAUCAAACCGACAAAAAAAUGAAACAAAUUGCCUCCUUGAACCACGCAGAUGACUGACAAAAUGGGAAUUCUGGGCUUUUGGAUACUGCACCUUUGGGGCCCGUAAAUAUUCUCUUCAGAUUUCUUUUCAGUUGUCAUCUUCACCCUUGUCAAGUUCCCAAUUCAUCCCUCUGUAAAGGACCUUUUCUAGCUAAUGUGGCUCCAUUUUUCUGAGAAUAUCAAUAGUAGGAAUCAGCUUUGUUUAAUGGAGUUCCCUUAGAUACUUAAUCCCAUCCUGACAGAUCAGAUGUUUACUGGGAGAAACAAAAGAAGGUUGCAUUAUGCAAUUGUCUCUAUCUGGGCUGAUUUUUAAGUAGAUCAAAUUGUUGCUGUUAAGUUUCUGAUGGGUCUGUGUCAUGCCUUAUAUAUAAAAUCCCCGGCUCUUCCAUUUUUCAUUUCUGACUUACUUUUCCAUUCCCUGUUCCCUAUUGAACAUCUCAUCUCAGGAACAGAUGGGUCACAGGACUUUUGCAAGUCUGUGAUACUUUAUCUAUGUAACUUCGGUUGCCUUGUGAUUCACAUCUUUAUUAAAUAAAAUCAGGUCCAAAAUUCUUCUGAUAA